AUGAAGAAAAAUCAGGAUGAGGUUGAAAAGAAACCUUCCACUGGAGACAACAACGUUUACAUGGUGUUGGGUUCUAAGUUUGAGGUAGACAAGCGGUAUGAAAUCAUUGAUCCUGUGGGGUCUGGUGCAUACGGAGUUGUCGUUGCUGCUAAGGAUUUAUAAGCCGAGGAUCAAGAGAAUAACUUAGUUGCAAUUAAAAAAAUAGAAAAAGCUUUUGAGCAUAAGGUAUUUGCUCAGCGUACAUUAAGAGAGCUCAAAAUUAUGAGAUUACUUCAACAUGAUAACGUUAUUGGAGUCAAAACCAUUCUAAAACCCACCUCAAGAGAGAGCUUCAAGGAAAUUUAUGUUGUAAAUGAGCUUAUGGAGACAGACCUUGCAUAGAUCAUCAAAUCUAAUUAGCCGCUCUCCGAUGAUCACAUUCAGUUCUUUAUGUACUAAAUCUUGAGAGGACUUAAAUAUAUCCACUCAGCAGGUAUUCUACAUAGAGAUCUUAAGCCAAGGAACCUUUUGGUGAACAGUAAUUGCGAUUUAAAAAUUUGUGAUUUUGGUUUGGCAAGAGCCGAUAUUCCAUAUUUCUAAACAUAAUCAGCAGUUAUGACUGACUAUAUAGCCACUAGAUGGUACAGAGCUCCAGAAGUUAUUUUGUCUUGGAAGCGCUAUUCUACAGCCAUAGACGUUUGGUCUGUUGGAUGUAUUCUUGCUGAGUUAAUCACAAGAAAGCCUCUAUUACCAGCUAACUCAGAGGAGGAAUAGAUUUAGAUGAUCACGGAUUUGAUCGGAAACCCGUAAGAAGAUUUGGUAGAGUAAAUUACCAUCCUUAAAAAUAAAGAAUUCAUUCAAAGUUUGCCCAAGAGGAAGCCUAAGGAUUUCCCUACAAUCUUUAAGGGUGCUAAUGGUGAUGCCAUCGAUCUUAUCAAAAAAAUGCUCACCUUUGACCCAGCAAGAAGAAUCACUGUAGAUUAGGCUUUAGAGCAUCCCUACAUGAGCUAAUUACAUUUCCCUGACGAUGAGCCAACUACAGAGCUAGUCAGUGCUUUCGAUUUCGACUUUGAAAUAUACAGCCUCAAGAAAGAGGACUAUCAAGACUUAAUAUACGAAGAAAUCAUGCUUUACCAUGACGAGAACUCAUUCAAGUAAUAUUUGAAAGAUAAGAAGGAAAAUCCAGAGGGAAUAUUGCACAAAAGAUACGGUAAGGACAGAAUAAAAAAGAAGUUCAAGAAAUGA